AUGACCAUCAUCGCGGCUACAUCUUCCUCGAUCAAACGAAAUUUUUGCAAGAUGGCGGUCAAAAUCCUCAAAAUUGCCGUCGUUCCAGGUGAUGGUAUUGGCACUGAGGUCAUGCCGCAGGGUGUCCGAUGCCUAGAGGCCAUCGGCAAGUUACACGACAUUACAUUCGCAUUUGAAUGGUUCGACUUUGCCAGCUGUAGCCACUAUCAGGAACACGGGGACAUGCUUCCACCGGACUGGAAAGAGAAGCUCAUGAACUUUGACGCCAUCUACUUUGGUGCUGUCGGCCUGCCGGACGUCGUUCCAGAUGAUGUCUCGCUGUGGGGAAGCCUCCUCAAGUUUCGCCGAGAAUUCGACCAAUACGUUAACCUCCGCCCAUGCCGCCUGAUGCCGGGCAUUCGCUGUCCACUGGCAGACCGCAAGCCGGGGGAUAUUGACUUCUGGGUCGUGCGGGAGAACACUGAAGGAGAGUACAGCAGCAUUGGUGGCAAGAUUUUUGAGGGCACCGAUCGAGAGGUUGUCAUUCAGGAGACGGUCAUGACGAGGAUUGGAGUAGACAGGGUCUUGCGAUAUGCGUUUGAGCUCGCUCAGAGUCGCCCAAGAAAGAAGCUUACGAGCGCGACUAAGAGCAACGGCAUCAACACGACCAUGCCGUACUGGGACGCGCGAGUUCGCGAAAUGGCUAAGAACUUUCCAGAUGUUCAUGUCGAAAAGUAUCACAUUGAUAUUCUCACCGCACACUUUGUUCAGCGGCCGGAUAUGUUUGACGUCAUUGUCGCCAGCAACCUGUUUGGAGAUAUUCUCUCGGACCUGGGGCCGGCUUGCACCGGAACGAUCGGAAUUGCGCCGUCUGCAAACAUCAACCCCGAGGGCAAAUUUCCGAGUCUCUUCGAGCCUGUCCAUGGCAGCGCACCAGACAUUGCGGGCAAGGGCAUUGCGAACCCAGUCGGGAUGAUCUGGGCAGGCCAGAUGAUGCUCAAGCAUUUUGGCCACGAGGAGGCUGCAGCGGCGCUUCUUCAGGCAAUCGAGAACGUUCUAGCUCAGGCCAACCCAAAAAUCAUGACACCUGAUAUGGGAGGCCAGGGUACGACUUUGAGUUUUGGAGACGAGGUAGAGCGGGAAAUUCUGAAAGCUAGCGGGCAUAAAGCAUCAUACACGAAUGGCACGAAUGGCGCAAAUGGCACCAAGCAUCCAUAA